AUGUCUGAUUUCUCGGGUCUCUCGUUGAAGGGCAAGACCGCCAUUGUCACGGGUGCUUCGAGAGGCCUCGGUGCUGGCAUCGCUCUCCUCUUUGCCAAGCGCGGGGCCAAUGUGGUGGUCAACUACGUCUCCGAAGGCAGCAAGCAGCGCGCCCAAGAAGUCGUGGAUAAGAUCACCCAGAUCGGCACCAAGGCCAUCUUGUGUCAGGUCGAUGUCAGCAAGCUGGACGAGAUCCCCAAGCUUGUCGACGCUGCACUGCAGAUCAGUGAGACAGGCAAGAUUGAGAUCCUCAUUCACAAUGCUGCGCAAGGUCUCGAGGCCAACCUGGUAGACACCACACCCGAGUUCUACACCACACACUUCGACUGCAAUGUUCGUGGCCCGAUUUUCCUCACUCAGGCUGUCGUCCCCCAUCUGCCCCGCGGAGGUCGCAUUGUCUUCAUCUCCUCGGCUGGUGCUCGCCUGGGUGUCGCGGGUCAGACGGUCUAUGCUGCUACGAAGGCGGCGGACGAGGCGCUGGUGCGAGUGUGGGCAAAGGAGCUGGGCCACUCGCACGGCAUCACAGUCAACUGUGUCAACCCCGGACCGAUUGCAACUGAUCAAUGGUUCCAGAGCGACGAGCAGUUCCUGAAGGAUAUGCAGCCGCUCAUUGAGUCGACCCCUGCGGCUCCCAGAGUGGGUGAGGUCGAUGAUAUCGCUCCCUUGGUCGCCUUCCUCUGCAGUGAUGAUGCCAGAUGGACUACCGGUGCUUGUUUGUCGGCCAAUGGUGGGCUUUACAAUUAG